UUGUUUAAAAACAGUAACUCUGUGUGCGAAUGCCUGAGUUUCAGGGCCGGCCACCCCGUUCUCACGCUCGCACGAACAGACUGGCAUAAAGAGGGGAGAGCGAAAACACCUAGACGGAGUCUGCUGCGGGUUGUGAUCGAACGCCCAGCCGAUUGAUGCGAACUCUUCCACGGGUGUUGGCUCUCCACCCUGUUGGCGUAGGUGGAAAGAUGGUGCCGUUCUUUCUUCUUGUCUUCUUUGCUGUGUCGCCCUUACUCAGCGUACCUGCGCACAAUACGUCUGCUGGUUGUGCUAUCAUCCGUCCUCCCAGAGAUGGUGGGAUAAGAUACAGAGGCCUUACACAGGAGCAGAUUCGUAGUGUACAAGUUCUCCCGGUUGACUAUGAGAUUGAGUACAUCUGCCGGGGAAACCGUGUGAUUGCGGGACCCAAGGUCAGGAAAUGUUUGCCCAAUGGAACUUGGACCGACCUGACCCAACAAAGUAGAUGCUUGUUGUUAUGUCCUCGGAUGUGGACAUCAUUGGAAAAUGGUCAAGUGUCUUCUUGGCCCAUGGGGCCCCCGGUGGAGGGUACUGUGCUGCGCUAUAGCUGCCUUCCUGGCUUCAUCCUGAUGGGCCGAAACACAACACAGUGCAAUAAGUUGGGCAAGUGGGACACGCCCAAACCUGUGUGCCAAUCUCUAGGCAAGAAGAAGCUCUACAUCGGCGCUCUAUUCCCAAUGAGCGGAGGCUGGCCUGGGGGCCAAGCCUGCCUCCCUGCCGCUAAGAUGGCACUGGCUCUGGUGAAUGAAAGGACUGAUAUUCUGCCAGACUAUGAGCUGGAGCUAAUUCAUUAUGACAGCAUGUGUGAUCCCGGAGAAGCCACCAAGCUGCUCUAUGACCUCCUGUACACAGAACCCAUCAAAAUUGUUCUGAUGCCGGGAUGCAGUUCCGUGUCCACAUUGGUGGCAGAAGCAGCUCGCAUGUGGAACCUCAUAGUGUUGUCCUACGGGUCCAGUUCCCCAGCUCUGUCCAAUCGCCAACGCUUUCCUACGUUCUUCCGCACGCACCCAUCUGCUACGCUGCACAAUCCCACUCGAGUUCAGCUAUUCCAGAAGUGGAAAUGGACCAAGAUUGCAACCAUUCAGCAGACAACUGAAGUUUUUACAUCGACCCUGGAUGAUCUAGAAGCAAGGGUGAAGGAAGCUGGGAUUGAAAUCAGCGUUCGGCAAAGCUUCCUGACUGACCCUGCUGUGGCUGUAAAAAACCUCAAGCGUCAAGAUGCCCGCAUCAUUGUCGGCCUCUUCUAUGAGACUGAAGCCAGGAAGGUCUUUUGCGAGGUCUACAAGGAGAAGCUGUAUGGAAAGAAAUAUGUGUGGUUCCUCAUUGGCUGGUAUGCAGACAACUGGUUUAAAAUCAAGGACCCAUCCAUCAACUGUACCGUGGAGCAAAUGACAGAGGCUGUAGAAGGUCAUGUGACCACAGAGAUCGUCAUGCUCAAUCCGGAAACCGUACGAGGAGCCUCCAACCUGACCUCCCAGGAGUUUCUCAACCAGCUGAUGUCGAAGCUGGGGGGUAAAAACGCAGAAGAGACCGGAGGUUUUCAAGAAGCCCCCCUAGCUUACGACGCUGUGUGGGCUCUCGCUCUGGCUCUCAACAAAACUGUGGGACCCCUGAAGGCCAAGGGUCACCGUUUGGAAGAUUUCAAUUACAACAACCGAGAUAUCACAGCUGAAAUCUACCGAGCCCUCAACACCAGCUCCUUUGAAGGAGUUUCAGGUCAUGUCAUAUUUGAUGCUCAAGGUUCUCGGAUGGCCUGGACUCUAAUUGAACAGCUUCAAGGGGGAAGCUACAAGAAGAUUGGAUACUACGACAGCACUAAAGGCAAUCUGUCCUGGUAUGGGAAUGACAAAUGGAUUGGCUCUGGACCCCCUGCAGACCAGACAAUGGUCAUUGAGGAGUUCCGCUACCUGUCGCAGAAGCUAUUUGUCUCCAUGUCUGUGUUUGCUGGCCUAGGAAUCCUCCUGGGCAUCAUCUGCCUUACCUUCAACAUCUACAACAGCAGCGUCAGGUAUAUUCAGAACUCCCAGCCCUACCUUAACAACAUGACAGCAGUGGGCUGCAUGAUGGCUCUAGCUGCUGUCUUCCCUCUGGGCAUCGAUGGCCUUCAUGUCCACAGGAAGCAUUUCCCUGUCGUCUGCCAGUUCCGCCUGUGGUUGCUCGGUCUGGGUUUCAGCCUCGCAUACGGCAGCAUGUUCACCAAGAUCUGGUGGGUCCACACUGUCUUCACCAAGAAGGAUGAGAAGAAGGAUAAGAGGAAGCACCUGGAGCCAUGGAAAUUCUACUCCACCGUCGGUGUCCUGCUUGGCAUCGAUUUCCUGUCCCUCAUGAUCUGGCAGAUUGUGGAUCCUUUACAUAUCACAGUGGAGAAAUUCACCCGAGAAGCCCCUAAAGGUGACCAGGAUGUGUUGAUCCAGCCGUUAUUGGAGCACUGCAGCUCUGAAAAGAUGAACACCUGGCUGGGUGUGGUGUACGGUUAUAAAGGCUUGCUGCUGUUGCUCGGCAUCUUCCUGGCUUACGAGACCAAGUCCAUUUCCACAGAAAAAAUCAAUGACCACCGAGCUGUGGGCAUGGCAAUCUACAACGUUGCUGUGCUGUGUUUGAUCACAGCCCCCGUCACCAUGAUCCUGUCUUCUCAGCAGGACGCCGCCUUCGCCUUCGCCUCCCUGGCCAUUGUCUUCUCAGUCUACAUCACCCUGGUGGUUCUGUUCGUUCCCAAGAUGCGACGUCUGAUCACCAGAGGUGAGUGGCAGUCAGACGCCCAAGAGACCAUGAAGACUGGCUCGUCCAUGAACAACAACGAUGAAGAGAAAUCCAGACAGUUGGAGAGGGAGAACAAGGAGCUCCAGAAGAUCAUUCAAGAAAAAGAAGAACGCGUAUCCGAGCUGAGGAACCAGCUCUCUGAGCGACAGGCCCUGCGGUCAAGAAGAAGGCCAUCCACUGUCACGAAUCAAAACCACAGCACCCCUCCGCUCACCAUCCCCCAGACCAACCCCAGAUCUUUGGCCCAUCCUCCAGGUUACCCAGCACCCGCAUCUGAUCUGCACGCGGUCACGCCAUCCUUUGGCAACUCGUCCAGCCUCUAUCAGCCUGAAAACAAAAUUGGCCGCAAUAACUGUCAUACCAGCCGGCUGCAGAUGCUCUAUAAGUGAAUUGAACUGAGGGAACCACUCGGAGCGUGAAGGCUGUCGUGACAUUUAUUGUACUUGUGGAUGGACAGAAUAAGGUAGGACACUUUUAAAAGAUCGUCCAGUAAAUGUUUGAAGGACGAGAAUACGUUAAAAAGAUGUGUACAUGCAUUUUGUUACAAUCUGGCAUCCUAGUGAUGUGGAAAAAAUGACUCCAAACUGACCGUUUGCUGAGUUUACCUCUCUUAAGGAUAGUGAUGCUGUCGAGUCUUUCAGUCUUUCCGCUCCCACAACUAUUCAGUUCAUAAUGUCAUGAAAGCUUGAAGAUGUAGCACUGGGAAUUCACUGAAAUUAUCAAGCACUCACUCCUUCAUUCAUAGACAGCAUAGAUCCUAAAUGUCUGUGGCGGAUCGUGCAAUACUACAGCAUAUCGAAGUGUUACAGUGAUGUAUUUAACAAUGUCUCCAGCUUCUACGUACAAACACAAUCAUUUCAAUAGAGUCAGGCAAUUGUUGAAAGAAUUUGCUGAGGAUAUUGCACUGAAGACCCCCAACACUACGUUGCCCCCAGCGGAUGACGGACCGAUUGGUUGCAGAGGCCGCGACUCAAGUUGGGUUCCGUCAACCACAAGACACGGCAAAAAUUGUGACUGGAAAUGCAUGACGAUGUUGGCUCGUGUGACCACAGGUCAGUCCACAAAACAGCCCUCGCUGCUUUUAUCUAAUUAGAUUGUAUCUGGUGUUCCACCUUGAUCAACAUUGGAACCAAGAUCCAACUAUUCAACUCAAGAGCAGUCCCUAGGGCUGUCUGUGCAUGCAAGACGUGAUCUAAACGAAACGGUUGGUCUCCAAGGUCGAUGUUUUCCAGUAAUAAUGCCUGAAAAGAAAACCCAAAGUAGCGUACCUCUACCGUAUUACGAACGAGGCUAGAGUCAGUGUCCUUUUUGCUAAACAUCAAAUACUGUUCGCUGGGCAUGUCAGACACCUCCCUGCGUGUCAUCUAAAGUUGCUGUUUUGGGGUUACCUCUUAGAAAAACUGUCUGAGAGAUUUAAAAAAAAAAGAUCUGAUGCUCGAACUGUCCGGACCACCUAACAGAACAACGGCUGAAUGCGCUAAGUUAGCACCGGAGGACCACAGCUCAGAUAAGUUAGGGUAGGAACUAGGCACCUUCCAUUGAACCUUGAAUUCUUAUUCAAGAUGGCGUGGGGGUGUCUGGCUCGCCGCUUGCUUCAGCUCACUAUGAUUUAGCUUAUCUUGGUUUUAACUAGCGAUGCUCCAAGUAGGGUUUUAUGCUGUUUCCACUGCCGAUCAUCCAUGAGUGAAAUCGGCCAAAACCGAUACCGAUCACAUGGAUUAAUUAUAAAUGUUAUUUAUUUUAUGAUGAGUGCUAUUGGCCAAGGGUGCUGUAUAAACGGGAAAAGUCAGGACAAUUCCAAGGGUCCCUGACCGCCAGAGGGCAAAAAGGCCCCCUCGUCUUACUCUCUCACAUCGGGGAUGUGGUCCAAAAGAGGUCAGAUGGCGCUGUCGCCCUGCCUUCACUGGCAGGAAGACAGCGACAAAAUCUAUAUCAAUCAGCUCACAAGACAUGCCACAGGAACAUCACGUGACCACUCUGAAGAAGACUGCGAAUGAGCAGUCCAAACUGUCAGGUAUGAAAAACUAGCCAACUUUGGUGUGUAAAAAAGAACUGUGUAUGAAUGAUAGACCAAAUGAACUUCAUUGGACGAGUACAGCUUCUUCUGGGACAUUAACACCACCACCGCUGUUCAACUCCGAUGGGAAAAAAGCACCGCAGAGUGACGCUGGGAACACCGAGGUAGGUAGGAUUGCAAGGUUUACAGCGUGCGUAAAGCACUUAAUGUACACUUUCAAUCGUCACGCACUGCCGCUUCCGUAUUACGUGUGUUAUCAUUCUUAUCAUUCAUUCUCUACAUGAGAAAUAUUCGUAGACAACAUAGAUUGCAAAUGCCUGUGGUGGAUGCUACAAUCCUACACACCCUAGCGCUCCAUCGAUGUAUUUAACCUUCUCUCACACGGUAAACAUCAUAAGUGAAGGACAGGAAGUGUUUCUUGCAUCAGCCGUCUAGUCGAUACAAAUACAGUGGUCAGUGUUUGGCUAGCGGUAGUAAUGGCAGCCGAUGGACAUUUUCGGCCUACAGCUUAUUUUUCAUUGGCUCUUGGCUAGUUGUAAAAAUUGAAUAAAUUCUUAUUGUUAAAUACUACACUAAUUUACUCCGUCGUCUCUUGCACAAAGCAAUGAUGACGAUGUUUUGACCAACAUCAGCUUGGCUUUUGCAUCUUUAAUGCACAAAAAUUGUCAUUGCCAGCAGUUUGUACUUACCAAAUUGUGUACCGAAACGUAAUUAUGGCAUACCAUUACACCGGGGGUGUCCAAAGUGCGGCAAAAUUUGUGGCCCGCGGCUGUUUUUUUUAUAGGCCUGCAGUACAUUCUAAAAGGAUAAUUUAAGAAAACUAAUGAAAACAGCAAAAAUGAAAAAAAUCUGCAGUAAUUUUAUAAGAAUGAUGUCAAAGUAUAAGAGAAAAAAGUUGUAAUCUAAUGAGAAAAAGUUUACAAGAAUAACAUCAAAAUAUUAUGAGGAAAAAUAGCAUAAUUUUAGUUGCUUAAAGUUGAAAAGAAAAAAACAUAGUUUUUUUAAAGUUGUAAGAUUAAAAUACGUAUAAAAUACAUUUUCAGAAAAUUAGGUUGCGGAAAAAGUUGCAAUGUUCCAGGGAUAAAGUAAAAAUAUUCUGGGGAUAAGGUCAGAAUUAUGAGAAGAACGUUUACAAAAAGAAACUUGAAAUGGUUGGAAUAUUAAAACAAAAAAAACAGCAGGAAUGAAAAAAUCAGCUGUGGUUUUACGAGAAUAAAGUCAUAAUAUUACAAGAAGAAAAUGUCUGACGAUUGUUGAAAUAUUAGGGGUAAAAACAACAACAGCCAAAAUGUGGACAAAAGAGCAAAGACUGAAGUUGAUAUUAAUAAUAGGCUUUUUCACCUGUAUGACAAAGCUGAGAUGCAUUUUUUUCUUGAAAUAUAAAUAACUUCUUAGCAUAUCUACAGUGCAUGUGUUGCAUCCUUUCAUUUUUUUCUAUGUGGCCCUCACUGGAAAACGUUUGGACACCCGUUGUGUUUUAAAGCAAUCAAAGGCUCCACGAUACUGCAGUAGUUAAGCAAAUUCAUCUUUUUCGUGACCCAACCAGUCACUUUUAGCUCGAGGCAGGUCAGCUGACUGCCAAAAGAGAUGAUUCAGUGUCAGCCCUCAUCAUCUGAUUACCAAGUCAUGUCAUUCCCAUCCAAGCUUGUGCUUCAUCGGAUUCCUUUGUAGUUUGUCUUCUUCACAUGCAUUUAGUGACUCCACCUGUUAAGCCUCUGAGCAUGACUGUUGCUUUUUCAUCAUUUAUUACCACAGUCAUUUAAGAGUAGAUUACGGGGGAGUCAAACCCCCACUUGUUCCUUACUCUUGUUUUAAACUCUCUUGAGUCCAUUUCCCACGUUGUUAUAGAUCUGAUCACUGCCUUCCAUGCAAGCUUGGGGCAAGGCUUAACCCUAACCCUAAACCCCAGGCCCUCGCCCCUCGCCCUAACCUCUAAGGCCCAAACAUACUCAGGCAGAACAUACACGGAAUGGAGUCAGGGCUUUACUACCGCACACACUGGUGUCACGCCAUGUACUUGCUGCAUGUAUUUUUCACAUUGAUCCGUCUCCAAUGUGACGCCAGUCUGAUAUUAUACAUUCGGAGAGCGACAGCUGUCCUAGGCGAGCCUUCGGCUAGGUGUCGAACUGGAUCGUUGACUUUUUUUCUGAUGACAUUCAGAAGUAUUGAAAAGGCUUUUCAGCACCAAUACGACUCCCUUCCUCGUCUCGUUUGCCAUUGAAUGGCCGUACAUUAUUCCACUGCUUUGUAAAGCCAGCAGGCAGUUUUGGACGCCAAAACGUCGUGGCCUGAGGCAUUGUGAGUGAGUGUGGGAUGAAUCUAGUCGCUAGCCAGCUAGUAGCUAGCCGGUGUGGUGUGGUGAGGUGUCACUACGGCAGUAACGUAGUUCUUCUGCGUAACAACGGUCAUAAUAAUAAUAACAAUGCCGCCGUGGCUUGGUUAAUAUGUAGGUCACAUUAUGUAAAUGGAGCAUUGUUGGCAGUUUUUGGAGGUUUUUUCAGAAGGCUUUAGAGGCGGAAUAGUUGCGUCCUAUUACGUGCAUUCUUCGCUACCUCUUUUUAUCUGUUUUUAUAUCUUUAGCCGAAGAAGAUUCAUUUACAAUAUCUCAGGCGCCCUACAGCCGCGUAACUUCUGCCUUCAUUCAGCAUGUAUGAUUGAUUGACAAUGAUCUACAGCCAAUCAGAAUGCAGAACACAAUGGGCGGGUUCUGCCUUAGCCCAUCAUGGCUGUUGUGGCUCUAUACAAACUGAGAUGAAGUGGACAGUAUCAACAUGAGUGUACUACACCCUCUACUGGUAGCAGCAGUAAAUACAGUAACAGACAUGUACAACAGAGCACAGAUAGAUCACUAAUACACCACAAGGACCCAGAACACAAUGCGCGUUCAUACGCUGUUCAAAAAAAGGGCAAAAUUACACACAAAAAAAUCAGCGAAAGAGCGAUUCCGCGAUAAAUCCAAAAGUAAAGGACAGCCUGUAUAUGUUUUCACCUCACAAUCAACCCAUCCACAGCUGUCUGUUGUUAUAUAACCAAUCGAGAUACGCCUGUCCAACUCUGAAACGGAACGCCAACAAGAAAGACUGCACCAAAAACUAGGAAGACUGCUGCAAACCAUUUGGUGACGAGCAAUCCAUUGGAUGAGUAAUGCUUGAGUGAAACCUGAUUAAAUGUGUGGUGCGGGAUGAGAUUUCAUGAAGCAGAUCGGUUUCCCGUCACUCUGCGGCAUAAUUAUGGCAUUCUGGCUUUACCGCUGCAUCCGACUGUAUGUUUGAGUUCUUCGUGUGAAAACACCCUUUUAGGUUGAUUGCUUAGCACUAAGUAAAUUACAUCCUGGCUAAAAAAUCACCAAACACCCAGACUACACUAUCGACCUUACACUGCUGUCAUUUUAUAAUGUUACACACAAACUCUAACGCAUGGGUGUCUAAAUGGUUUCACAUAUUUUGGACGUUAAAGACGCUAAAAUACAUCCAAUGUAGGUCAAUACAGGCUAAAACAGGGGUGUCCAAACGUUUUCCAAAAAAAUGAAAGGAUGCAACUUUGCCACUUUGAUAUUUUGUAAAUCAACACGUGUAGAUAUGCUAAGAAGUUCGAUAUAUUUUAAGAAUAAACUGCAUCUCAGCUUUGUGAUGUUGGCGCAUUAUUAAUACUUUACUUUGUCUUGGCCUUUUUUCUUUUCCACCAUUUUUGCUGUUUUUUUGUUUUGUUUAGUUCUUUUGCAUUUUCCAACUGUCAACUUUCUUCCAGGAAAUCUUCUAAUUGCAAUUAUGAUUUUAUUUCCAUAAUAAUUAUGGCUCUUCCCCCAACCAAAUCUUCCAAAAAUGACAACUUUUUUCUCAUAAUUUUACGAUUAAAAAAAUAGCUUUCUUUCAUAUUUUAUCUCUAUAGAGUUGAAAUAUUAUAGUAGCAUGCUACUAAAAUUACAUUAUUUUUCUUCAGAAUAUUACAUGUUGAUUCUUGAAAAAUUGAGACUUUUUUCUCUUAAUAUUUUAAUUUUAUUCUUGUAAAAUGAUAGCUUUUUUUUGUAUAACUAUUUCAAUUUUCUUCUUGUAAAUGUUCUUCUCGUAAUUAUGACUUUGUUCCCAUAAUAUUUUGACUUUAUUCCGGUAACAUAACUUUUUCCACAUCCUAAUUUCCAAAACUUCCAACUUUAUUUUGUUUGUCAUAAUAUUACAGCUUAAAAAGUUUUUUCUUUUAUAUAUUUGAACUGUAUACAACUAAAGUUACAUAAUUUUUCCUCAUAAUAUUAUAUAAUUCUCAUAAAUGUAAUGGCAAUGGUAGGAAGAAGGAACAAGCACAGGAAGGCAGGAAAAAAUACCCAGUGGAACCUUGGUUAGUGUCAUUAGCGUUGUUCCAGAAGGUCCAACUCAAACUGAAACGUCAUUAUGAGAGGAAAAUUUACAAGAAGAAAGUUUAAGUAAUUGUCAAAUUUAAAAAAACAGCAGCAGAAAUGGAAAAAACUGUAAUUUUACAAGGAUAAAGUCAAAAUAUUAAGAGAAAAAAGCUGUAUUGUAACAAGAAAAAAAGUAACUAGUCCGAAUUUUAGAGUUGAAAUAUUAAAGAAAACAUCAAUUAAAAAAAAAAAAGUUGUAAUAUGAGCAACAGUCAAAACAAAAUAAAUGUGUAAUUUUUGGAAAUUUUGGUUGGGAAAAAGUUAUAAUAUUCUGAGAAUAAAGUCAAAAUAUUCAGAGAAAAAAAAAUCACAAUGUGGCAACCUCGCAUUACUGCUUCAUGUUAUGGAACUAUUCAUGACCAUGCUUGGUCUUGGUUAGCUUCAUUUCAAAAUUUGCCCAUUUAAGUGCUUGUGGUUUGAAUUGUCUCCGGUUUUUGUAACGUUGGUUUUGUUGAGCUUUUAGUUGGCAUUUCUCCUGUUACGUGGAUGUAUAGCAUGUGCUGCGUUGCAGUUACUAUAGCAACACAAAUGCAACCACGCUUUCCCCUGCAUAUGCUGGGGGUGCAGUGGUAGAGGUUACCCACGGUGGGCUCCAUACCUCGGCAUUUGGACUAUGGUCUCAGCCCUUUUUUCUCUCAAAAUUCUCUCUUUAUUAUUUAUUUUUAUUGUUAAAUGAUAUUAAAUUACAAAAGCAAGCCAAUGUAGGUCAGUACAUUGUACUAUAAGCUGUGUGAGCUUUGUGUUGUCAGCGACAAAGCAUACGAGUGUUGCACAGUGCAGUAUUUCCCUUUAGGAAGGUGCAAGUUCUACAGUAAGAGUUUGAACAAGGUGAUGAUUAUUUUACUUUAUUGCAGCGUUAAUAGUUGCAGCAUGCAUAAUCUGUACUGAACAUAAUCUGCAGCAUGGUGCUUUCAUUUUAGGCACUCACUGUGUCCCUUUACAGAGGUAAAGUGUUCAAAAACAGAUGCACCGCACCUCAACGUUGGGCUCAGGAGGCAGGGGGAGUUGCCAGUAUAUGCCUAUACUUUCACCGAAUGCCUCGCCUGUUCACCCGCUUUUAGGCAGACUGUCCCUCACUUAAAAUAUGUACAAUGUGGGAAACGGAAUCUUACAGCACGAGGAGAGCUUUUCAUCAGGCACACACUCUCACACACACACACACACACACACACACACACACAGUGCAAUAUGUACCACAAACCUGCAGUCCGUAAGGGUUGUCCCAUGCAGGGCAGACCGAACGGGACACAUUUUUUUACGGUUUUGGGAUGGAAAAACCAAAAAGACUUUGUAUCACACCAUAACGAAACAUACUGCUUGUUGCAAACACUUUCUCUUCCCCCGGUUAUGGAAAAAAGACACAAUAGAACAGACUCCCGAUACCUUCUAAGUGCUAAGCAGCACAGUCAUUGUCUGUCAAGUGGAGAGCUUCAGCAAACGGUCAGAUGGAAAGCAAAGCAUUUAUCAUACCCAUACCUUACCAUGAGCUGAGUCGAAGGGCAAAGCUCUCAGUUUGCCGGGCAAUCUAAUUUCCUACCCUCAUCUAUGGUCAUGAGCUUUGGGUAGUGACCGAAAGGACAAGAUCACAGGUGCAAAUGAGUUUUGUCCAUAGGGGGGUGGGGCUCUCCCUUAGAGAUAAGGUGAUAAGCACUGUCAUUCGGGAGAAACUCGGACUACACCCGCUGUUCCUCGAUGUUCAGUGGAGCCAAAUAAAGUGGCUCGGGCAGGAAGCCUCCCUGGGGAGGUGUUCAGGGCACGUCCGACCGGUAGGAGGCGUCAGGGAAGACCCAGGACACAUUGGAGAGACUAUGGAGCUAUCCACAUGGAAACGUUUUCAGGUCAAAAGGGUAAAGUAUUUCAUGGUUUCAGCCUUUCAUCCACACGGGAACUGCGUUCUGGGUGACCUGAAACAGUAUUUUUAGAAGACGGCUUCCAGAGUGAGAAAAUCUGAAAACACCGGCUUGUCGUUUUCAUGUAGAAAGGCAAAUGAUGAUGUCACCAACCCAUCGCCAUCACGUGACCAGAAAUGAGCUUUGACGACAAGCCAGCAUAAUAUCGGACUAUUUCGACUGGCAUGACUCACCCCAGUCGACGUUUUCCUGACAUUUGGUUGUCGAUACUCAAAAAUGACUUCAACGAUUUACUAACCCGACACAGUGCUGGAUGCAAUUUUUUUUUUCAAACCGCCAAAAUAAAAUUCCCAGGAACGUUUCCGUGUGGACAGGGCCUACGUCUCUCAACUGGCUUCGGGAACGAACGCCUCGGGAUCCGCCGGGAGGAGCUGCUGGAAGCAGCUGGGGAGAGUGAAGUCUGGGCUUCCGUGCUUAGGCUGCUGCCCCUGCGACCCAACCUCAGAUAAACGCAAGAAGGUGAAUGGAUGAAUGGAUGUACUUUAGCAUGAUGUCAUUAGAUGGUGCUAUGUACCAGUCCCAGAGAUUCCAGCUUUGUAACACAAUUACCGGAUGUCGUGCAAAAAAAUUUGGGUUGCCCAUGUUUAAUUGGUUGCCAGGUAUUUUUGUACAUCGUUACUGGUCUCUGUUGAAAGAGACUGCAGAGUCAUUGUACAUAGUCUUGUUUUUAUGGACAAACUAUUUUUCUCAUCUCAUCCAUCAGAUUCUCUCAGGUUAUGUGAACCGAGACCUCAAGGAACAUAUCAGAGGAUUCAGGUAUGUGUGGCAUGUACGGUAAUGUCCACACAAACACAGGUCCUGGGCUUGCAAAGGGGUGUCCAAUGUCCAGGGGAAGAUUUUUGGAGACAUUGUUCCCUAGCUAGUCAUGAGAAUUGAUAGUUUCGAGUAACGGAUGCACACAUGAAGAUCAAUGCUGUGUCUUGUCAUGAGAAGACAAAGGAAGUCAAGACUCAAAUCCUGACAAGGAGUGAGGCCUCUGCUUCAUGUGCAGCGUUUUAUGAAGGAUCUGUUCAAGCGUGUGUGUGCGAAGAAAGUACAGGAUGUGGGGGGUGUGGCUUCUGCAAGUCAUGUGAUGUGUGUCAGAUACUGAGGGGAAACACCGUGCCGAGGAGGAAGUCAGCUGAAUUCACUUUCAAAAGCUACAGUUGGGUUUCCCCUCAAAUACACUGCAGUUUGGCUCAUGUUCCACUUUGUUCCCAUCAGUCACAACAUAUAUAGUCUGUAUAAAUAUGGAUAUAUUUUUUUAUACACUCAACGAAAACAUAAACGCAACACUUUUGUUUUUGCUCCCAUUUUUAUGAGAUGAACGCAAAGAUCUAAAACUUUUUCCACAUACACAACAUCACCAUUUCUCUGAAAUAUUGUUGACAAAUCUGUUUAAAGCCGUGAUAGUGAGCACUUCUCCUUUGCUGAGAUAAUCAGUCCCACCUCACAGGUGUGCCAUAUCAAGACACCAUGAUUAGUGCACAGGUGUGCCUUAGACUGCCCACAAUAAAAGGCCACUCUGAAAUGUGCAUUUGUAUCACACAGCACAAUGCCACAGAUCAAAAGAUUUGACGGAGCAUGCAAUUGGCAUGCUGACAGCAGGAAUGUCAACCAGAGCUGUUGCUCGUGUAUUGAAUGUUCAUUUCUCUACCAGAAGCCGUUUCGGAGAAUUUGGCAGUACAUCCAACCAGACUCACAACCGCAGACCGCGUGUAACCACACCAGCCCAGGACCUCCACAUCCAGCAUGUUCACCUCCAAGGUCGUCUGAGACCAGCCACUCCGGACAGCUGCUGAAACAAUCGGUUUGCAGGACCAAAGAAUUUCGGCACAAACUGUCAGAAACCAUUUCAGGGAAGCUCAUCUGCAUGCUCGUCGUCCUCACGGGGGUCUCGACCUGACUCUAGUUUGUCGUCGGAACCGACUUGAGUGGGCAAAUGCUCGCAUUCAUGGCGUCUGGCACGUUGGAGAGGUGUUCUCUUAAUGGAUGAAUCCCAGUUUACACUGUUCAGGGCAGAUGGCAGACAGCGUGUGUGCCACCCCACCCCCCCCCCCCCCCCACCCCACCCCCCAAGCCCCUAAGGCACACCUGUGCA